AGAUUAUUAGUGUUGGAGCUCUGCUGAGGAGAAAGGCAUCAACCUUGAGCUGGAUUACGUUUGAAUAUUAUCCAAUCAGAAAUAUCUAUUACAUUCAGUCCCAUCGCACAUGAAGUAGAAAUAUUUUCCUAUUUACACGCAAAAACGGACUUUUUAGAUAGACAGAACAUUUGCCUCCAAUUAGAAAGAUGCAAGUAUACCGGCGGAGUUUACAGCAAUUCGCUCGAAUUCUUUUACAGAACAGACGGCUUAAUCAGAGAGUGACAACAACUGUGGUAGGAACCAACCAUAUACGCCUUUGCAGUUCACAAACACUCAGUUUGCCACACGAAGAGGGUUCUGACAAACAAUAUUCAAACAAAAUUACAAAUAUUGUAGAGGAAAUCAGUCAGCUCACUCUUAUUGAAGUUGCAGACCUAAAUGAAUUAUUAAAGAGGAAGUUAAAGAUAGCUGAUGCUCCUGUGAUGGCCAUGGGUGCUGCCCCUGUAGCCCAAGUUGCAGCAGAGGAGGAACCAGAGGAAGACACAGGGCCAAAGAAACCCUUAGCUUUUACUGUUAAACUAAUGAAGUUCGACGAGAAGAAAAAAGUGGCCCUUAUCAAACAAUUGAAGGUCCUCAUGGAGGGAAUGAAUCUUGUUCAGGCCAAAAAAUUUGUAGAGUCAGCACCAGUAACAGUGAAAGCAGAUAUUCCUAAAGAAGAAGCUGAAAAGUUAAAAGAAGAAAUUGAAAAGGCUGGAGGAAGUAUAGACAUUGAAUCAUCAUAGUAGAGUAUAGAUGAAGGGACUGGCAAUGUAUGUAGGAUGAAAUGAUAUCAGAACAUGUAGUUAUCAUUCAAAGAACGAUUUAACAAUGAGUGGUGAUACAUAAAAAAACAUAUAGGCUUCAUCACAAAAUGAUCAUGUAUCACUUGCUGAAAUGCCUGAUAAUAUCUUUAUUAGUCUUGCGAGUAAUGUAAUGAAAUACUGCAAAAAAAUAGAAAUAUACUAUAAACACCUAAUAAACAA